AUGGACGAGCUUAAAUUGUGGCUAUCGCGCCUCCCUGCCCCCACCGACCUCGUCGUCCUUAUCGACACCCGACUUAUCCGCAGAAUCCCCAACCUUGACUUAAAGUUUCGACCGCACGCCUCAGCGCACGCCCCAGCACUACUCUCUACCGACAGCGCUACAGGGAGGCCCACGCUCAUCGGUGGCAUCUCCAUCCUCUCUUUCAACAGGGCCAUAUCAAUGUCCUCUCCGCUUCCCUCCGCAGAUGGAAGACUUCUCACCGUUCACCUCAAUUAUCUUCGCGAGCAAAUCCGCCUUAUCGCCAUCUACGCCCCCACACAGUUUUACGAACGCCGGGUGUGGUGGACCACCACGCUCGCCCCGGCAUUGGAAGCCCCAACCGCUGCUGCUGCAUCCAUGCUUGUCGGAGAUUUCAAUUCGGUAGUCCUUCCCAUCGACAGAAACCGCCCACUCAAAGAUUUCGAAAUGCGCGAGGGCACCUCUUUCGCCAAACUCAUGGACGACCAUGCACUGGUCGACACCUUCCGCACGCUCUACCCCACGCCGAUUGACGUCUUCUCCUUCUAUGGGAGGCAGCAUCGUAACUGUGCAGCACCGCCCACCUCCUCACGACUCGACAUGAUUUACAUCUCUCGGGCCUUUCGCCUCCGACAGCAUCUAUUCAUGCGCCCCCACGUCCCACAGAUCAUCGACUCCGCCCUCGCUGUCUUCCCAAGCACCCCUUCCCCGGACUCCUGGGACACAUGGAAGCUCGACCUCACCCUUAACCUCAAGCGCUUCUCCAACCAGGAGAGACGCCGAGUCGAUGGCACGAUCGCACAUUUGGAACACACCAUAGGCUCACUACAGCGGCAUGUUGCGUACACGGCCCUGACGUAUGCUGAGUCUAACCGCCUUGACCAAGCAAGACUCCAUCUGGCCAGGUAUGAAGCCUCGAAAGCAUCCGAGAUUGUGCUCAAGGCCAAGCUCAAAGUGGAAGGGCACAGAGAAAUGGGUUUCGCCUCCCUGAUCUCUGACCUCAACUCGCAAAUCAAGGGCUCGAUCAUCAGCUCCCUGACAUUACCAAAUGGACAGACAACGUCGGACCUCCCCACCAUGACCAACCUGUGCUCUAACUUCUUCCAGACACUCUACAGCGGAAGCAACCCCGCUCGCCGUCUCAUGGCAUGCUACGCCGAUGAUGUCACUCUCUUCCUCACCUCAGACACAGAGCUCGGCCUUGCACCUCUCGCCUUCAACCGUUCGCUUCUUAAACCCGACGGUCGACCGUUUGGCACCCGCCAACACGAGCGGUUCCUACUUACGAUCCCGGAGGAAUUCCACGACGACGCAACACGCAUCCUCCCAGAGCUCAUCAAAGCUAUCAAGCGUCCCUGGUGGACCGCCCUCCGAACCCCUCACGUCUCCUGUGCCUCCUCCGGAGACUGGUUCAUGCUCUCGGACGACCACUAUUCCAUCUCUCAUCUAGCCCUCCGUGUCAUCGCCUACAUCCCCCCUUCCUCCGUCUCGGCUAAUGUCCACCUCGUCUCGCCAGACCAUCACAUUACCCACACCCCAGCAAAUACUGGACUCUUCCGUCUACAGGACCUCAUAGAGGUGCACGUCAGGGACUGGUGGCUCGCAGGGCCACUUCAUACAGGUGCAGGGUUAGGAGCUAGGAUAGAUCUUCUACAGGACGGCGUCCCCAGCCUCGCCGACAUCCGCCGCCUCCUCUACAGAGCACAACCGCUCACCCACCACAGCCGAUGGACCCGCGACCUCACCCUUCCUCCUCCUCCUCUCCCUGGCCUUAAGGACCCCUUUCUCAAAGACCAGCCGAGCCGCCAACGGGACAUCCUCUUCAGACUCUAUACACUCACCCUUCCCUCUGGGUCACGCUUCCAAUACUUUGAUGAUCGAGGGGUUCACUGCGCAUUAGCCACUAGCCUCCCCACCAAACUCGCCUCCGCUCUGCAUCACGCCCUGGUCGUGCGACCUCCAGUGCCGCCUCGCACCUUCUUUGCCGCCAAAUCGCCACCUCGCCUUCCCAUAUCCACAUCGCAACCACAACACCGACUCGCCGCAGCGAUUUGUCAUCGCCGCCGGAUAGGAGCCUCGCCGCCACAUCGCCGCCUCGCCGCCUGGCCUCCUCAACGGCGUGCCGCCUCCAGGUCGCCGCCUCAUCGCCACCCACAGAGGACCUUCUCACUCCCUCACAAUGCACUACCCCUCCCUUCCCUUUGCUCCCAUUCCCCUCCAAUCCCUUCUUUUCCCUUCGCUUCCCUUCUUGACGUCCUCGUCGCACAUCCCUUCCCCUCUCCUCCCUUCCCUUCUUUUGCCCUCCCUGCACUUCCCUUCCCCUCUCCUUUCUUCCCUUCUUUUACCCUCCCUGCAAUUCCCUUCCCCUCUCCUCCCUUCCCUUUCCUUCCCUUGUUUUGCCCUCCCUGCACUUCCCUUCCCCUCUCCUCCCUUCCCUUUCCUUCCCAUCUUUUACCCUCCCUGCACUUCCCUUCCCCUCUCCUCCCUUCCCUUUCCUUCCCUUGUUUUACCCUCCCUGCACUACCCUUCCCCUCUCCUCCCUUCCCUUUCCUUCCCUUCUUUUGCCCUCCCUGCACUUCCCUUCCCCUCUCCUUUCUUCCCUUUCCUUCCCAUCUUUUACCCUCCCUGCACUUCCCUUCCCCUCUCCUCCCUUCCCUUUCCUUCCCUUGUUUUGCCCUCCCUGCACUUCCCUUCCCCUCUCCUCCCUUCCCUUUCCUUCCCUUCUUUUGCCCUCCCUGCACUUCCCUUCCCCUCUCCUUUCUUCCCUUUCCUUCCCAUCUUUUACCCUCCCUGCACUUCCCUUCCCCUCUCCUCCCUUCCCUUUCCUUCCCUUGUUUUGCCCUCCCUGCACUUCCCUUCCCCUCUCCUCCCUUCCCUUUCCUUCCCUUCUUUUGCCCUCCCUGCACUUCCCUUCCCCUCUCCUUUCUUCCCUUUCCUUCACUUGUUUUGCCCUCCCUGCACUUCCCUUCCUCUCUCCUCCCUUCCCUUCCCCCUUUAUUCCCUUUCCCUUCUCUUCCCUUCCCUUCCAUUCGCGUCUCUUCACCUCCCUGCCCUAUCGUUUUUCUCCCUACCUCCCCUUUUUUCUCCCUACCUCCCCUUUUUUCUCCCUACCUCCCCUUUUUUCUCCCUGCCACCCCUUUUUUCUCCAUGCCUCCCCUUUUUUCUCCCUGCCUCCCCUUUUUUCUCCAUGCCUCCCCUUUUUUCUCCAUGCCUCCCCUUUUUUCUCCAUGCCUCCCCUUUCUUCUCCCUGCCUCCCCUUUUUUCUCCAUGCCUCCCCUUUUUUCUCUCUGGAUCACCAUGUAA